AUUUAAGUUUUAACAUUUUCGAUCAUUUUUAUUUUAGACGUAGCGUGAAGGUGCCGGUUAUUCCGUUGUAUACAUUACUUUUAGAGUUUCAUACAAAAUAAUUAAAAAUUCUCAGAAAGAAGACUAAAAUUGUUUUAAUUAUGGGUUUUCUAGCUACAACCCUUGGCCUUUUAUUAAUUGUCACCACUGUUUGGUCAGAUGAAGCUCCAAAAGGUCCUAAAGUAACCCACAAGGUUAAAUUUGAUAUUAGUAUUGGGGAGCAAGCUAUUGGAACAGUUACAAUUGGUCUUUUUGGAAAGACAGUACCAAAAACAGCUGAGAACUUCUACCAAUUAGCCCUAAAACCUAAGGGAGAAGGUUACAAAGGCAGUAAAUUCCACAGAGUUAUUGAUAACUUCAUGAUUCAAGGUGGUGAUUUUACAAAAGGAGAUGGAACUGGAGGUCGAAGCAUCUAUGGAGAAAGGUUUGAAGAUGAAAACUUUAAGCUGAAGCACUAUGGUGCUGGAUGGUUAUCUAUGGCAAAUGCAGGCAAAGACACCAACGGUUCCCAGUUCUUUAUAACUACCACUAAGACCCCAUGGCUUGAUGGGAGGCAUGUGGUUUUUGGAAAAGUGAUUGAGGGCAUGGAUGUUGUACGCAAGAUUGAGAAGACUGUAACUGGAGCCAAUGAUCGCCCAGUAAAGGAUGUUGUUAUUACAAACACUGAAGCCGAAAUUGUUUCAGAGCCAUUUAGUGUCACAAAAGAAAGUGCUCAAUAAUAAUUUUUCUUUAAUAGUUUCAUACUAGAAACCUAUUUAUAAGUUCUACAAAUAUUAAGUGAAAUAAUAAGAAUAUCUUUAACAGAUAAA